AUGAGAGCUCGAGAGGAUGUAGAAAUCGUUCGUGACAUGACGCCGGCGAUUCUACUGAUCUCGUUCUCCCUUCACGACGCCUUUCUUCACUCCCACUGCUCCGCUUGCUUCUCCCCUCUCUCUCCGGUCGGUCGUUCCCACCAUGCCGCCACCGUCAUCUCUCCUCGUCCGUCUUUUACUGUUCUUCUCUUUGCUCCGCCGCCGACUCCCCUCUCCACUUCUCCUCGACGGAAUCCAAUCUCCUCGCCUCCGUCGCCCUCUCCUGAGUCCUCUGCGGACCUCUGCGUCGUGCUCCGCCUUACGAACUCUGUAUCAUAA